AUGCCCCACCGCCUCGUCCCCUUCCUCCUCCUCCUCGCCGCGGCCGCCGCCACCGGAGCCGGCGCGGCCACCCCGCGGCAGCUGUUCCUCGUGAGCCAGCCGCCCGUGACGCUCACCAACCACCACGGGCAGCUGCUGACGGGCAACUACUCCGUCAACCUGCUCUGGUACGGGCGCUUCACGCCGGCGCAGCGCGCCGUGCUGGCAGACUUCAUCCUGUCCCUUUCGGGGCCGGCCUCCGCCUCGGUGCCACCGUCCGUGGCGUCGUGGUGGGCCACGACGGCGCGGUACCACCCUGGCGCGGCGCGGCUGUCGCUGGGGCGGCAGGUGCUGGACACGUCGCUGUCCCUAGGCCGCCGCCUCUCGGAGUCGUCGCUGGCGUCCCUGGCGGCGCGCCUGGGUCCGCACCGCGGCACCGUGGCCGUGCUGGUGACCGCGCCGGACGUGCUGGUGGACGGGUUCUGCCUCUCCCGCUGCGGCCUCCACGCGUCGGCCACAACCACCACCUCAGCCUCCACCCCGAACGCCACCACCCACGGGCGCGGGCAUGGCCGCGGGCGGUUCGCGUACGCGUGGGUGGGCAACCCGGCGGAGCAGUGUCCGGGGGAGUGCGCGUGGCCGUUCCACCGGCCGCUGUACGGCCCGCAGCAGGCGGCGCCGCUGGUGUCCCCGAACGCGGACGUGGGGAUGGACGGCGCGGUGAUCACGCUGGCGACGCUGCUGGCGGGCGCUGUGACCAACCCGUACGGCGGCGGGUUCUUCCAGGGCCCCGUGGAGGCGCCGCUGGAGGCCGUGUCGGCGUGCGCGGGCGUGUUCGGCGCCGGCGCGUACCCGGGGUACCCGGGCCAGGUGCGCGUGGACGCCGCCACGGGCGCUAGCUACAACGCCGUCGGAGUCGCAGGGCGACGCUUCCUGCUGCCGGCCAUGUGGGACCCUGAGACAGCGCAGUGCUCCACGCCGCUCGUGUAG